GAGUCCGGCAAAGUGUCGAACUGGGGACUGAAGUGAAGAGGAAGUACUUUUUAAAUUGUAAAUAUAGAACAUGAUACUUUAACGUUGUGCAGCGGAGCAGAGGGAGAAGUCUGCCAUGCCAGCCCAGCCCCCUGAGAGGGAGCCGGAGGAGGAGAUGGAGGCGGAAGGAGAGUCACAACUCCCUGAGGCCAACGGAGAGGUGGAGCGCCCACGAGAGGACGGAAGAGGAGUUGGAGACGGAGAGGAGACCAUGGAGGAGAGUGCCGAGGACAGGGACAGCGACUUGGAGGAUAGUGAGGAAGAGGAAGAAGAGGAGGAAGAGGAGAGUUCAGAGAUGGACGAUGAAGACUGUGAGCGGAGGAGAGGAGAAUGUCUCGAUGAGAUGAUGGAUCUGGAAAAGCAAUUUCAGGAGCUAAAGGAUAAGUUGUUUCGAGAGCGGCAGAAUCAGAUUAAGGUGAAGCUGGACGAGGUUCUGACAGGAAAGGCUGGAGAAUACAGAGAACCUCUGGUAGCUCUGCAGGAGAGCAUGCAGAUACGAACUCAAGUGGCCGGAGUGUACAGAGAGCUGUGUCUGCAGGUGAUCAAACACAAGAACGAGUGUGAACUACAAGGAGCAAAGCAGCACCUGGAGAGUGAGCGGUCACUGCUGUUAGAUGCCAUGAAGUCUGAACUGCUGGAGAAGAUCAGAAGACUGGAGGAGGACAGACAGAAUACAGACCUCACCUCAGAGUGGAGUGAUGAGACGAGGGGCAAGAAGUGUAAAAGAAAGAACCUGCUUGGCCGGUCGGAGCGGAAAAAAAAAGUGACUCUGGUUUCAGGGCCUUUCAUCGUCUACAUGUUGAGGGAAAUCGACAUCCUUGAAGACUGGAAUGCUAUCAAGAAGAGCGGUGAUGAAGGAGGAUCGAAUUGAAGACCCGGGCAAAGAAACCAAACUACACACACACACACACACACACACACACACACACACACACACACACACACACACACACACACACACACACACACACACACACACACACACACACACACAGUGACUUCCACUAAUUGUUACAGUUUUGUCUCAUUAAGACCCAGAAGAUUGUUGUGUUGUUUGAUCUGUCUUUGAACCCACUGACCAACCCCGACUAAUUGUUUUUAUCGAUUGCUAUUUAAAAUAAAUUCUUAAUGAUAUGAAAACCAUGUAUUUAUAGACCGAUUUAUAAUGGUGAUUAAAAUUGUAAUCUUUUGUGACACAAA